CAGAAGCAGCAAACCUCUUUGUAGAACAGCAUGGGCACAACUAACUACUUGUUUUUUUUCUCUUUAUUUCUACUUUUGCCUCACUUAACCAGUUCAAAGAUAGAACUGGUUGACAAUGGAUACAGAAACAUAGUGAUUGCAAUCCAUAAAGCUGUGCCUGAAAAUCCUCAGCUCAUUGAUAAUAUCAAGGAAAUGUUAAAAGAAGCAUCCAACUACCUAUAUGUUGCAACUAAGUUCAGAGUCUUUUUUAAAGAUGUGAAAAUAUUAUUACCUGACACCUGGAUGAAAAAGCCUGAUUUGUAUAAGAAAGCAACUACUGAAACCUACAGCCGGGCUAACAUCAUCAUUGCUGGACAGAAAAUUACAAAAGGAGAUGAGCCUUACACAUUACAGUAUGAAGGUUGUGGUAAAGAAGGACUGUAUAUUCACUUCACACCAAAUUUCUUAUUGAAUGACACAUUUAUGAAAACUUAUGGACCAAGAGGAAAAGUGUUUGUUCAUGAAUGGGCUCAUCUACGUUGGGGAGUAUUUGAUGAAUACAAUGAGUAUCAGCCAUUCUACAGAGAAGGAGAACACUACAGAGUAACAAUGUGCCCCAAACAUCUGUUAGGAAAAGUAUGUCUUGGAAAUGACUGUUCCAAAUGUAAUCUGGAAAAUGCAAGUGACCCACCAAAGGAAGGCUGUGUUUUUCUCCCAGAAAAAUAUCAAGAAACAAAUUCAUCUAUAAUGUACACAACUUUUUUAAAAUCUGUAAAUCAGUUUUGCGAUAAAAGCAAUCAUAAUCAAGAUGCUCCAAAUGAUCAAAACAAGUUUUGUAAGUUAAAAAGUACAUGGGAAGUAAUUCUGGAGUCUGAAGAUUUCCGAAAUACCCAUGAAGCAACUGAUUCAGGUUCAGUGGAACCGCAGUUUACUGUGAUGCAGGAAAGAAAGGCUGCUCUAUGUCUAGUCCUGGAUGUAUCAGGAAGCAUGAGUGGGAGUGGGAGACUUGAGAGAUUACAGCAGGCAUCAACACUGUUCAUUGAGAAGAUCGCAAAAGAAGAGUCCUUUAUUGGCAUUGUGACCUUCAACAACGCCGCUUAUGUCAUGAAAGGUUUAACAUAUGUUUCUGGGGAUGAUGUUAGAAAAACACUAGUGAAUGCACUGCCUACCAGAGCAGAUGGGGGAACAAACAUCUGCAGUGGCCUCCGGGAGGCAUUGCAGGUACUACGUAAUGAUGAUGGAAGCGCUGAAGGAGAUGAAAUUGUUCUGUUAACAGAUGGUGAAGAUUCAGGAAUAAGCAGUUGUUUUGAGGUGGUAAAGACAAGUGGAACCAAAGUCCACACUAUUGCAUUGGGUCCAAGUGCAGCGAAAGAACUUGAAAUGCUUUCAGAAAUGACAGAUGGAAAGAAAUAUUACGCCUCUGAUAAUUUUAAUUCAAAUGGAUUACUGGAAGCUUUCAUGGAAUUAUCAGAAGAACAGAUACAGUUGGAAAGCACUGGAGGAACACAGGAACCAGGGGACAGUUUAGUUGGAGACACUUAUAUUGACAUUGGAGUUGGAUUUAACACAAACUUCUUAGUGACCUGGCAGACUGAUGUCAAACCAGACAUUUCCAUUAGCGAUCCUGAUGGAAUCAAAUAUUCAACAAAAGAUUUCAAAUUAGAAGAGAAAGCAACCGUUGGCACAUUGAUCAUCCCCGGAAAAGCAAAGACUGGCAAAUGGUCAUACCGCAUCGAAAAUACUGCCCGUCAACCUCAGUCCAUGACGAUUAGCAUAACAUCACAGCCAUCUGGUGCACAAUCUGAACCGGUUAUUGUGAAAACAAAUCUACAACAAACAAAUGAAUCAUCUUACACAGCUGCUAUUUAUGUAGAAGUCUUCAAAAACCUCAUGCCUGUCCGCCAUGCUAAUGUUACUGCAAUUAUUGAACCAGCCAGUACGAAAAUUAUUCCAGUCAUUCUGAAAGAUAAUGGAGCAGGUGCUGAUUUGGUCGCAGGUGAUGGCAUUUACUCUUCUUAUAUGACUGAUUACGAUGGAAUUGGCAGGGACAACUUCAAAGUCCAAGUCUCAAAACUUCAGAAUGAAAUUAAGGCUGCAGCUGGACACACCUCAGGUGCCAUGUAUGUGCAAGGAUAUCUGGAAAAUGGUACUGUCCACCUGAACCCACCAAAACCAGUUGUUGUUGAUGAUGAGGACUUUCCUAUUGAAGAUUUUGUCAGAACUAAAUCUGGAGGAACAUUCAUGGUGAAAGUGGUACCUCCUGCCAACCAAGAUGUUUUUCCUCCUUGCCAAAUUACUGAUUUGUCAGCAGAAUUAAUAAAUAAUACUGUUAAUCUGGCAUGGACAGCACCAGGUGAUGACAUGGAUAAAGGCACAGUGGCAGAGUAUGAGAUACGAAAGAGCAAGCAAGCAGUACACCUGAGAGACAAUUUUCACAAUGCUACCCAGGUCAACACUUCCAGCAUUAUUCCAUUGAUAGCAGGAUCCAGAGAGCAGCUGUCAUUUGACCUGGAAGAGGAAGAAAAAGUUAACAACAGUGUCAUAUUUUUUGCUGUUGUUUCACGUGAUGAAAGUCUUCUUGCUUCAGAUGUGUCCAACAUAGCCCAAGUAGUGAUUUAUCAUCCAAGUCCUAAAAGCCGGGAUCCUGAUACUAGCAAUCAAAACAGGAAGCUCACGGUGGGCCUAGCUGUGUCUUUAGUCACAAUUAUUUUAUGUUCUGUUCUUGGCCUAAUUGCCUUAAUUAUUAACAAAAGGAAUAGUGGAAUGAUGGUAUUAGAUGAAGAACAUGUUAGGAAAAAGUUAAAUAUAGUCGCAGAAGCAUAAUAAACAAAGAGCUGUUUUAUAUGAUAUAUCUAAAUAAGAUCAUCUACUGGCACUCAAAAUGAAAAAGGACUGCAGGACUUUUUCUUUUGGCUUUUUUUAACUUAUAUCUGGCCAUAUUUUAUGCUUUUUAAUGCUGGUGCAUGUGCUUUGUAAAUAUGUGGUAACUUUUAAUGAAGAAUUUUUAAUUACAUUCUAAUAUUGUAUUACCAAAAAUCUGUUUGUAAAUUGGAGUUUGCAUUCGUUUUAUUUUUAGUUCUUUGAUUUUCUUCCAAGGUCCCAAAAGAUGCGUGCAUUAGGUUGAAUUGUGAUGCCCAGUUGGCCAUCUGUCUAUGAGAGUGUGGGUGUGCGCAUAAUUGGGCACUGCAAAGGAGUAAGACCCACUCAGGGCUGUUUAAUGCUCUGUGGCCUCCCACCACGAUCACAAACUAAAUUAAGCAAGGUUGCAGAAUGUUGUGCUCAGUUAUGCAGUAAGCUUAAUUAUACAAAAUUCCAGAAACAGUUACAACUGUAAGUAAAGUGAUUCUGAAUUGAUGAUGAUUGCAUUAGCAGAGGAUAAUGGAUUGAACAGACUAAUUUAGACAUGCAAAUGCUUUAGUUUAUGAUUAUCACUGUAUUUGUUGAUUCUUUUUUAUAUAUUUAGUAAUAUGUUCCUACUGAGGUGUAUUUGAAUUUAUUUUUGUGAAGUAAUAUUUUUUCAGUAUGUGUGUGGUAUCAUAAACAAUGCUGCUCUAUUGUACUUUGUUUUAAUUUAGAACUGAAUUGAGGUCAGUUCUUUGUGGAGUGUUUAAGUUGUCCUCGUGUUGAAGUGGAGACCACAAAGAAUUUUCUGUUGGACUCUAUCAGCUUGGUGUAUCUUAGUGCGGUUAUGAGUGUCUAUAGCUAGACUAGUACUAUUAUCAGCCAGGGUGGGCUCUGGGUUGAAAUUAUUCUGAAUAGCUAAAUCAAGGACUGACAAGGUGUAUAGAAUAACAAAGAUUUUGUCAGCUUUGUUAUUAUCAGUAUGCUUCUUUAAACUUAUUUUGCCUUAUUAGGACAUACCCAGAGAGCUGAAUUCAUUUAGUAUUUAGAGUAUACAUUGAGUGCAGUGCAGUGGCGUAAUAUCUAGUGCUGCUGCCUCACAGUAUAAGAGUUCUUGCUUCAGUCUGGUCACUGCCCUUUCGGUCAAGGCAACUGAGCUUUUCUCCAGAUACUCCGCUCUACUCCCAGACCCUAGAGAUGUGUGUACUUUGUUAAUUAAAUUGGACUGGUAUGUGUGAGGGUGUUGGGUGCUCUGUGAUGGACUGACAUCCCAUAGACAGGUGGUCCCUGCUAUUCAACCAAUGUUGCUAGGAUGGGCUUUGGCAUCCCAACACCCUGAACUGGGAUGAGGAUGUUUGGAAAGUGGAUGGAUGGGUACUGUGCAUAGUUUAUAGAUAUUUAAAAUAAGGAAGAAUACAAAGGCAGCAUAUCAGUAGUCAGAGUUAGACCAAAUAAAAUGUUGGAGAGGAAGGAAGGAGUUAAGGCACUUGGACAGAUGCAUUUGUAGUAUUUUUUUUUUUCUCUUUUUAAAUACACAUAUCAGCUCUUAACAGUUCAUUACAUAAAUAUAUUUAUACAAUUUUCUAAUAUAGUAUUGUAUUUCACAGUGUUAAGUAGAACCUAAAUGCUUUAUAAUAGACAAUACAUUUAAAAAAUGUGUUCUGUAAGAUGUUUUAUUGUACUUUUAAGUAUUAAAUAUUUGACAAGA